UGAAAUUAUGAAUGGGGUUGCCGGAACAAUAUGAAGGGCCGUAGAUUCAGUGGUGGUACGCUCAGAGCCUCUGGGACAUUUUUCUGGCACAACAUCGACAAACUAGGCUGGGAGACCGGAGUCGGCAAACAGCAGGUGAAGGCUGGCAGUCUGCUAGAGCCCACGCUCGCGUUUUUUUCUCCGAAUGCCAGAGACCACGACUUCAAGAGCUGCUUCGACAUCAAGAAUGACAGAGGCGAGGUGAUCUUCUUCCUCAGCAGGCUGCCUGGAAAUGCUCGCGUGGGCGGCCCGGCCAAACUCCGCGCUCGGACAGGACCCUUCGCAAGGCGAAGAUCUCAGUCACGGGUGCGGUUCUCGUGCAGGAUUUGCGGCUCGACCUGAAUUUAGACAAGUUUCUCCCAGACUUUCGCGCCGCCGGGGAUCCCUGAGGUGGCAGUUCUCUGGCACAACGGAGGUGGCGACGGAUGCCUCUGAAGGGCCAGCCAUGAGUGUUUCGCUUUCCGCCGUGCCGAACCCCAGAGCAGAUCGAUGGGCAUCGAAUUAGCGUGGCCCCCAAAAGUGGCAAGGACAGAUUGACCAAACGAUGCAUUCGAUGCUCACGGACGAGGAGGCUUUCAGAUUAUUCUUGGACGGUUUUUUCUAUGAUAAGGUUCUUAGAUCUCGUGAGCGUGCUCGAGACCGCCCCCGAGGCUGCGCGGGCCGGGGCUUCGCUUUCUCCCCAGCGGCAUGUCCGACGGCGGGUUGGACGCUGCUGGCAGCAUCGCGCGGACCGGCGGCUACUGGCCCAGAAGAGCACUUUUUGGGGGGCGCCUGUAGAGAGUCGAAUAACACGGCAAAGCUGUCGGUACCUAUCGAGGCCGGCGCGUGGCUCAUCGAUCAGGGCCCACCCCGGACAUCGCAUUCCC